GGUUCAGUGAGAGGUCCGUAGUUGUGGUGGAGACGUGUCCAUCUGUGAGGCUCUGGGAGCACUUCCCCAGGGUCUGGGCUAGGAAAGCCACCAAGCAGGUGCUUCCUUAUAUACCCCUCACGGGCUCAGUAGACCUGGCAGCGUGAGACGGCGGCGGCGGCGACGGCGACGGCUGGGGCUGAAAGCAUUGGCGGCCGGGGACCCAGCCAUGGCCGAGUCUGUGGAGCGGCUGCAGCAGCGGGUUGAGGAACUGGAGCGAGAAUUGGCCCAAGAGAGAAAUCGGCGAGCCCUGGGAGACGGCGACGGGGGAGGCGGCCGGGCCCGAAUCGAGAAGAUGAGCCCGGAGGUAGUGGACUCCAAUCCCUACAGCCGCCUGAUGGCAUUGAAACGCAUGGGAAUUGUCAGCGACUAUGAGAAAAUCCGUACCUUUGCUGUAGCAAUAGUAGGUGUUGGUGGAGUUGGUAGUGUAACUGCUGAAAUGCUGACAAGAUGUGGCAUUGGUAAGUUGCUACUCUUUGACUAUGACAAGGUGGAACUGGCAAAUAUGAAUAGACUUUUCUUCCAACCUCAUCAAGCAGGAUUAAGUAAAGUUAAAGCAGCAGAACAUACGCUGAGGAACAUUAAUCCUGACGUUCUUUUUGAAGUACACAACUAUAAUAUAACCACAGUAGAAAACUUUCAACAUUUUAUGGACAGAAUAAGUAAUGGUGGAUUAGAAGAGGGAAAACCUGUUGACCUAGUUCUUAGCUGUGUGGACAAUUUUGAAGCUCGGAUGACAAUAAAUACAGCUUGUAAUGAACUUGGACAAACAUGGAUGGAGUCUGGGGUCAGUGAAAAUGCAGUUUCGGGGCAUAUACAGCUUAUAAUUCCUGGAGAAUCUGCUUGUUUUGCGUGUGCUCCACCACUUGUAGUUGCUGCAAAUAUUGAUGAAAAGACUCUGAAACGAGAAGGUGUUUGUGCAGCCAGUCUUCCCACCACUAUGGGAGUGGUUGCUGGGAUCUUGGUACAAAAUGUGUUAAAGUUUCUGUUAAAUUUUGGUACUGUUAGUUUUUACCUUGGGUACAAUGCAAUGCAGGAUUUUUUUCCUACUAUGUCCAUGAAGCCAAAUCCUCAGUGUGAUGACCGAAAUUGCAGGAAGCAACAGGAAGAAUAUAAGAAAAAGGUAGUAGCACUUCCCAAACAGGAGGUUGUUCAAGAAGAGGAAGAGAUAAUACAUGAAGAUAAUGAGUGGGGUAUUGAGUUGGUAUCUGAGGUUUCAGAAGAGGAACUGAAAAAUUCUUCAGGUCCAGUUCCUGACUUACCUGAAGGAAUUACAGUGGCAUAUACAAUUCCCAAAAAGCAAGAAGGUUCUGUACCCGAGGUAACAGUGGAAGAUUCCAGUGAAAGCUUGGAAGACCUCAUGGCUAAGAUGAAGAAUAUGUAGAUAAUGGACUGGCCUCUAUUUUAUUUUCUGUAUAAGCCUAUUCCUUGCAAUGAAAAAAAAAUCAUUUUAAAACUGACAAAACUUAAGGCAACAUCAACUGAUGUGUAAUCUUCACUGAAUUGUUAUACUUUUUGAAAAUACUGUUGCUUGUUGCUCCCCCAGCCCUCAACUAAAUAACUCUGCUAAAACUCAUGUUUCAUUCUAUAAGAAAAUUUCAAAGGAUUAUUAUAGGUUGUUAUAUAUCUUAUUGAAAACUUAGCUAUUGAAAUGUUUGGCUUUUGUGGGAGGGGUGGGAAGAAAGGACCAAUUUGAUAUUAUACAUAUUCCUUUUCUGUCCAGUAAUUCUUUGUGGUCUCUCGCCUGAGGCCAUGAACAAUGAAGCAGUUCGUGGUCCUGAAAUAUAGAGAAAGAACAAGAGGUGCAACCUGUUGAUUAGAGCUAGCAGGCUUCUACUCAUUGUGUUUAUAAUUGCUCUCUAUAAGAAAACUGCCACUACUAAUUUGGCCAACAAAUAAAAAUAUCCUCUCAAAUGUUUCCUGAUUACAAACUGAAAUGUAGUCAUUGGAAAAGUUUGUAAACCAGUGAAUUAUAUAUUUGAAAUAAGACAAAGGCAAAUAAAACAAAGCUUUCCUCGUGGAUAAAGGUACUGUCAGGAAGUACAAAUUACAUUUCCACAUUGACCAAGGAGAAGCAAGCAUUGCAUCUGUGGGACAUAUCUGGAGUCGCUGUACUUUAUUGAGGAGCAAGAAAUAAAUUUAGGCUAAGAUCAUUCAGAUUACCCAUCGUAUGGGCUACUUUCUGUCUACUUUAUUUAAAUUUGAUUCCCUAGGUAAUUAGAUAUUGGCAGGAGUUUGUCCUGGAUAGUGGGCAUGAAGAAUGCCUAAACUGCUUCUGAAAUGACAGACAUGAAUUUAUUCACUGGAAGAAUAUAAUUUUUUCCCUGAUCGUGACCACUAAAUCAUAAAUCGAUAAACUAAUCUUCUCUGGAGUUCCAUACAAAUAAUGAAGGCUUAGAGAGCCUUGGUUGAAAUAAAAUUCCCACCGGUUUGGAGAGGAAGAAAGAAUAUGCAUGUGUAACCAUUAUCUGUAGGCUGUUGUUACGCUAAUCUAUUUUGAUGAUUUUUUGCUUUGGAGAUAUGAAUGUCUAAAUUGUAUCUUUAGGGGCAAAAUGUUAGAAAAAAAUUAAAAAGUACAUUCAUCACUUGUAAAAUAAAGUUCUAAAAACUGA